GAGGCGGGUAUUCCGAUCGACAUGAUUGGCGGCACAAGCAUGGGCGCCUUCGUCGGGGCUUUGUGGGCCGAAGAGACCAGAGUGGCAGAGUGCUCUCAACGGGCCCGCGACUUUGCUCUGGUUUUCAAGUCUGUUUGGCCGAAAGUUCGCGACCUCACCUAUCCAACCGUUUCCCUCUUCUCCGGUUAG